UCGUCAUCGUCAUUUUGUUAUUAGAAAUCUCCCCCUUUUUUCUGGUUUUCUCUCUUCUCCGUGUCUCCUCCCUCUUCUCGGAUCCUUCCCCCCCUCCCCCCCCUCCCCUCUAUAUUCCUUCCUCUUCCUCCUCCUCUUCGCCUCCGCUCGUUCAUGAAAAUAUCUUCCAGCUUCAAUCCGAUCUCCCUGUUUCUGUUUCUGUUUCCUCUCGAUUUCUCGGAUUUUGAUUGUGUUCUUUGAUUUGGAUUUUUUUGAUAUUUGGCGUUGAGAUGGCGGAGGAACAUGGGUUUCAGGCGCCGGAGGGCCACCGGCUCUGCGCCAACAACUGCGGGUUCUUCGGCAGCCCGGCCACCCGAAAUCUCUGCUCCAAAUGCUACGGGGAUCAUUGCAUGAAAGAGGAGCAGGCCAACUCGGCCAAAUCUGUGGUGGAGAAUUCGCUCUUCCCGGCAGCCUCUUCCUCCGCCGCCCCACCGCCGGAGGCCGCGUUGGCGGUUGCGCCGUCUCCCGCGCCGGAGGUCAGGGCUCCCGCGGCGGCCGAAACGGUGACGGUGGCCCAGCCGAACCGGUGCUUGGUCUGCAGGAAGCGGGUCGGGCUGACCGGGUUCAAGUGCCGCUGUGGGACGACGUUCUGCGGGACCCACCGGUACCCGGAGCAGCACGGGUGCAGCUUCGAUUACAGGGCCGCCGGCCGGGAGGCGAUCGCCAGGGAGAAUCCGCUGGUCAAGGCGGAGAAGUUGGACAAGAUAUGAUCGGAGCCGUUGAUGUUGAUGACCUUAUCGUGCGUUGAGUAUGAACCGUCGAGUCGGUGGCCGUCCGAUUGGUUGGUUGAAAAGUGGAGGGCGAAGAUGAUUGACGGUGAUGGGAGGGAGCUUAUUCGUGGGGGGACCAGGGAGGAGCCGUGGGCGUGGCGUCGAAUUUGAUGUAUUUUUCUCUUUCUUCGAUCGUUUGUCUUCUUUUUCUUUCUUUAUUUUUACGUGCCCUUCAUUGUAAAAAGGCGAUAUUACCCUUUAGUGGUGGUGGUGGUGGUGAUACUAUUAUGAUAAAUCCACUUGUAUAUUCCAAGUUUUA